AGCAGGGGCGGACUGACCAUUUGGAAACUCGGAAACUGCCCGAGGGCCCGGGGUCAGUAGGGAGCACCAUGAGAUGCCCCUGGUACCUUUUUCAUAGGCUUUUUUUAGUUUGGGCAAGGACACAGGGGUCCCAUGAUCCCCUAUUGCCCGGGGGCCCCAUGAGUUGUCAGUCCGCCUCUGCCCAGAAGCGUAUAGUGAAAAAAUGAACUGUCCAUUGGCCAAAGCAUUUUGAAUAAAGUUAGAUAAAGGAUUACUAUAUGAGAUAAGAGGGGAACA